CUAGCCGAAAACAAAAAGAAUCUAGAAGUUUCUUUCCGCAAAAUCUAAAUCAAUAUUCAUGAAUUUAUAUAAUAAUAUACGUUUCUUAAUGGCCAAGUCGUGAAUCGCUAUAUAUACAUCUUUCAAUUGAAUCCAUCGGAAAAGUGAAACAAAAUCAUGGAAGCAAACACCGGAAGAGGAAUUUCGCGGGGAAUGCUGCCAUUACUAGCUCUUCAUACCUUCACCGAAUAUUACAGAUCGGAUUCAAAACCUCCCGUCACCGCCGCCCUCAUCGCCGCCAACACUCUCAUCUAUCUCCGACCUAAUUUCCUCCGUCCCCUCAUUCCACACAUCGAUCAUGUCUGGUUCAAUCCCCACCUCAUCCUCAAGAACAAGGAUCUACAACGAUUCUUCUUAUCGCCGUUCUACCAUAUCGGAGAUUCUCACCUCGUUUACAACAUGAUUUCUCUUCUCUGGAAAGGUAUUCAAUUAGAAAACUCCAUGGGAAGUCUCGAAUUCGCUUCUACCGUAGCUUCUCUUCUCGCUUUAUCACAGAGUGUAACCCUAAUUCUAUCCAAAUCGUUGCUUAUUUUCUUCGAUUACGAAAGAUCUUACUACUACGAAUACUCCGUUGGUUUCUCCGGCGUUCUAUUCGCUAUGAAAGUAGUUCUCAAUUCACAAUCGGAUAAUUACACUAAUGUUUACGGUGUUUUAGUUCCGUCGCGUUAUGCGGCUUGGGCUGAGUUGUUUCUUAUUCAAAUGUCUGUGCCUGGUGUAUCGUUUAUUGGUCAUCUUAGUGGUAUACUUGCUGGACUUGUUUAUCUAAGGUUGAGACGGAAUUAUUCGGGUUCGAAUCCGUUGAGUUCUAUUUUCAAGGGUUUUGGUUCUUUGUUGAGAUGGCCUGUGAGGUUUUUGGGUAAUUUGUUUGGGUUUCGGAUGGGGCGGAUUACUGGUAGGGGGACUGUUGGACGGGCGGGGAGGAAUGUGAAUGCUCGCCCGGCUGUUGAUUGGAGAUGCCAGGAUUGUACUUAUGAUAAUUCUGGUUUGUUGAAUGUUUGUGAGAUGUGUGGUACUAGUAGGGGUUCUUCUUCUUUACAACGGGAUCGCCGGGAUAGUUAUUAUGAUUCUGAUGGUCUUUCUAUGGAUGAAUUGCGCCGCAGGAGAAUCGAAAGAUUUGGUAGGUGAUGGUGAAGAUAGAAUUAUAACAAUAAUACAAUUGAAUGUAGAAAUUAGAUAGAUUUUACUUGUCUAACUAUGAGCUGAUUUUGCAAAGAGUUAUCAUGUAAAUUUAGUGAAUUACAUUACUUCUUAGUACAUGGAAUGGAACCAUGGAUCCUUUUCUUGCAAGAGUGGUUUAGCAUUUGCUUCCGUGUCGAUUGUGGUUAAAAAGAUUCAUUUUA